AUGGCGCCUUCCCCGACGUGGAGGAGCGCGAGCGCGGACCUGUCCACGGCGCCGAGCCAUGUACUCUCCCUGGGAUCCAGGUGCUUCGUGGCCAAGACCUUGGAGACGAUGAAUCUCCGGCGCUACGCGGGGCCCUUCGACUGGAUCUACACCACGGCGCAACUGGUGAGGCACUGCAUCGAGGAUGACUUCGAGUGCUUCUUAGACCUGGAGCAGCUCUACCGGCACGGCCAGGCAUGGGGCCAUCGGCGCUACUGCCAGAUGCUCAAGCGCCAGAUCCUCUUUCCGCACCAUCGCCCCGCUGACCGGGAUCGAGAGCACUUCCAGCGAACGGUGCAACGCUGGCGGCAGGUGGUGGCGUCAGAAGAGAAGAAACUCUUCGUGUUCAUGCCGUUGGUUCAAUCCAAGAAGGAGCUGCAGAGCGUGAGGGACCGGGAGUCGAUGCAUGGGAGCAACCUCCAGCAAGUCGAGGAGCUCUUGAGAAGCUUGCGACAACGUGUGGGGAACUUCGAGCUUCUGGUGGUCUAUGUGGUGGAAGGCUCCUCCCGCUGGCGCCAAGGGGCCAUGGAGGACACCGAGUUGGACACCACGCGGGAGAUCCUUCAACAGCCUGAGUUGCGCGUCUACGAACUUCAUUGCACUGGGGGAUGCACUGGGUUGAAGUUCAAGGCGCCCGCAGAUGACCUGGCACUUCAAUCUCUACUAGCGGCCCGCUGUUCAGCUAGCGGCGUGCUGGCACCUGACCCACUAGCAGGCUCAGAGCGUCGCUUUCAUGGGUCCUUGCGGAAGAGCCUGGGGCGCAGGCGCUUUCGGUUGGGUGGUGACUAUGGCGGAGGAGUUUGGGGAAAAGAAUCUUGCUGCCUACAAGGGAGAAGAGAAGGAAAACCUCUGCAGUUCAAGUCCAGCACUAGCACGAUCUUUGGGGUCCUUCCUCCGAUCCAGGACGUGGAGACCGACGUCUCCAGCCCUCCACCGGAAGCGGAUCCCCGCUUGAAGAAAAACUUUGGGCGGGAGAGCUCUGAACCCAGGAGGCGGGCAAAGAAUGUGGAACAACUGCCAAGCAAGGGAAAGAGGAAAGCUCAAGCUGAUGAUGCCGAUCCGAAAUCGGAGGACGAUGUGAUCCUCGUCUCCGUGAGAGGAGCGACUCCAGCCGCUCCUCGUGUGUGCCAGGGCUCCCCGGGGAAGCCAAUGGGAGUACUGGACAUUCGCGUGGCACUGCGAGCAGUGCAAAAAGGGAGCGCGUGGCGUGUGUUUGUGCGCAGAGGAAACGCAGAGAUCGUGGUAUAUAACAACGAGCACGGCAUCCAGAUCCACUUCCCGUUGGCCCUGUUCAAGAUGCUCAAAGGGGAGUCCUUGUCCUUGGCCGACCUCCAAGACGUUCAGCCCAAGGUCUGGAUGUCUAUUCAGCAGAUGUUGUCUUGGGAGCCAUCAGACCCUGCACAUGCGAACCAGGAGUUUGAGGACACCUUCUGCUUGACCUUCAGUGCUUCUUACGACUACUUUGGAGAAAUGAAGCACGUGGACCUGAAGCCCGGCGGCGAUCUGCCCGUGACGUAUGACACCCGCAAGGAAUACGUGGAGCUUUAUUGUCGCUGGCGGUUGGAGACUUCGACUGAAAGGCAAUUCAAGCUGUUGGCACAAGGCUUUGAGAAGGUCGUGGACUCUGCCCUGUGGUCCUUUCUCUCCGCUGAAGAGGCGCAUCUCAUCAUUUGCUCCGAGCCCACCUUGGAGGCUUCGGAGCUUCGGCACUUGGCGCACUACGAAGGCUAUUCCAAAGAUGAUCCAUACAUCCAGUCCUUCUGGAAGAUCUUGGAGUCCUUCGAGACGGAUCAGCUCAAGAAGUUUCUGGCCUUCACCACGGGCACGGACCGCGCGCCCUUGGGCGGCUUGAAGGAUGUGCGCUUGGUCGUGCAGAAGCACGGCACCGAGCCCACGAAUCGCUUGCCCUCGGCGCAAACGUGCUUCAACCUGCUGCAGCUCCAGCUCCGCGAGACUGUCCAGAUGAGCAACUGCGCCACUUUGGGGAAUGAGGCCACCAGCUGCGACGUGGGGCCUGAGCAAGGGCUCAUCAGCCUGCAGACGUAUGUGGCGCGAAUGAAAGAGCUUUGCACGGACGCCACCUUGAACUCUGAGUACUCCUACACUGCUGGCACUGCAACCACUUGGCCCGUGCGCGCCGAGACUCCGAGCAACAUCAGCUUCAGCAACAUCAGGGAUCACGCCUUUACCGUGAGCUGGGUGCCUGGCAUGGCUUACGAGCGUCACAAGCAGGAGUGCGACUUCGCCCAUUGGGAAGUGAUGCUCCGGAUGUCCAGUCGUUAUGUCCAGCUGGGCCGAGCCUUUGGAGCAAUCCGUUGGGACGCUGAAGCACCGGAGCGCCCGGACCUCUAUUUGGAGUAUGAGGAGGGCACCGACUGGUUCAUCGGCUGCCAAAGCUUUGUGCGGGACACCAGCAGUUGCGAUCCUCAGAGUCUGGAGUCGGACCGCGACUACGACGUGAAGGUGCGCGAGCGAUGCUUGGACUCCCAUGCUGAUAGCGACUACACUGCUGCCACUAGCAGGCCGCGCACAAGCGCUGUGGCGGCCUACGCGCCAGUGAACCUCACGACCGACAACAUCCGCAAGUACCGCUACGACCUUCUUUGGGAUCCGGGCGACCGCCGGGCGUGCGUCUUCUGGGCCUGGCAGGUGAUGACGAAGCCUGUGGGUGUCGAUUGGCCACCGGAGGAUCAAGACAACGCGACCAUUGAAGGGGGUGGGCACACUUUCAUCUAUCACCGCAACAUCACUGAGCAUCGGUUCAAGUUGCCCCUGAGCAGCAACACCCAGUAUGGCGCCCGCGUACGGGAACGCUGUACCGAUCCCACCUACGACGGCGAGUGGGGCUACCUGCUCUACCCGGGUGUGUGGACCGCUCCACCGGUACAAGCUGAUCAGCUGGAGAAUGUGACUCUCCACUUCAAUUGGCCUGCACUGCUGUCCAUUCGCUUCUUGACCGGACCUGCAGGGUGGCUGGAAGAUUUGGAACCCUCGGAUCCCAACUACAACAGCCACAGUGACUGCGAGUUCAACGGUUGGUAUGUGGAAGUGGCUGACGCGGCCACCCCUACCGAUUGGGUGGUGCAGCAGGAGUGUUUGGCCUUGCCAAGGAGCUUUGAAGGCUGCGAUAUUCACACCGGCUUGGAGUAUGGCAAGGACUACCAACUCCGUGUCCGGGAGGGGUGCACAGACGAUGCAGCGCGAAGCCCGGAGACUGUGCUCUCCGUGACCAGUAGGGCACGGACGCCAGCUGCUGCACCGGCCAACCUCCGGAAGAACUCCGACACGGCCUUUUCCUAUGAGUUCUCCUGGGACCCGGGCGCCAGCUACGACUGUGUCUUCCUUCGUUGGGAGGUGCAACUCCGUUCCCUCAACGACACCAACAGCAGUGCCGCCGCCUGGGGCGAUGGACUCGUGGAAGACAUUCGCUCACGUGCGCCGGCGGUAUUGCCGGGCACUCGGAAAACCCGGAUGGCCAAGUCAGCCCGGAACCACAGCGCGCUUUUCUUCAUGUGGUAUCGGCGUUUGGGAGGCACGCUAGGUCCGAACAGGCAAUGGAUCUCCAUCGAGGUGGAUGGCCGAGACGAAAUGGGAGAGCCGGUGAAGGAGAUUCGAGAGAUAGAUGUGGAUCUCUACAACAACUUGGGCGGGGUUCGGCUCUUCACCAAGUUCAAAAAUUACGAGGCCCGCUACAGCAUGUUUGACGACCGCAGCAGCCCGAAUCAGAUGAGCGAACGGGCGCAGGUCUAUUACUUGGGUUGUAACUUCGUCAGAGGGGUUCCCGUCUUCAUCGCAGAGCUUGGAUAUGACAUGGAAGAGAAGACACCUAUGGUGCAGGAGCAGUUCAAGACUGGCCAUGAGAGGAUGGUGGUGCGAUUGACUCCUGGCGAAGUGAUCGAGUUUGCCUGGGGUACGACCUUUAUCUUCGAUCUCAUGGUUGAAGGCCGCAUCACGGUGAAGGACACCACGGGCAUUCUGGAGCCCCCUGAUUGGGUCUUAAAGAAGCCGUCGGAGGCACCGAAGCCCAAGCCGUUGGUACCACGGCUGCUGAAGGCCAUCAAAGACGCCUUCUCGGUGGAGGUGGACGAAGAGACCGAGAGCGGCUCCAAACGCCUCACCGAGCCGGAAGAGCCUGAGAUCGUGCGGCCCAGUCGCGAGGAAGAAUUGGCUCGCUUGCGACAGAGUGGCAAGAAGGCUUGCACUCACAGCAUUUCGGUGGAGAUCAAAGCCACUGCCCAUGAGACCAAGUUGAGACAAAAGCCUGAGAACCGCACCAUCUACCUUCAUCCUCAGGACUAUGUGCGGCUCGGGGGCUACCGCAUCAUGAGGAAGUUCCAUCCCACGGAACCGGACAAGAACUAUUGGAUUCGAUGUGACUACGAUUCGGGUUGGCCUUUCCUGCUGGUGCACCAGCAGGGCAAGGACUGGGAGAUCCGCGGCUUUUUCUUUUGGAACCUCUACGAGCGCAAGGUCUCCAUUGUUGGUGACUGGCGCUUGCAGUUCUUGGCCUCCUUUGACAUCCCUGAACUGUCGAAUGGUCAAUUGAAGUUGAGCCCCAUCCAAACCGCCCCUGACGAAGAGUCACCAGGUGCCGCAGAUGAAUGA